AUGUUCUGCCACCAAGCAACAGAUAAAAACUACGACAACAAUAGAUGUCGUCGUGGCAACAACAAGUUGAUGGGCUGCUCGACGCCCCUCAUCGGUUGUAGGAGCAUGGAUCACAUUUUAUCAUUCAUGUUUUUUUUACAGCAUCUUGUUAUGAAACCGCAUGCCUACCUCGCCAGGUCUGAUCCUUCUGGUCCACAUGCAACCAUCGAUGCAUCAGUGUCCACGAGCUCAUCCAAUGCAAGAAAUCGCCUCCAAGUUGCUCGUGUGUUUGUUAAAGACGAUGUUAACAACUGUGACAGCGAUGUUCCAGCUAAGGAGCGAACAUGUCGGAAGCUCACUAACCCCGACAGGCGUUUUUGGUACUGCAACAACAGCUUGAAAAGACCGAGGAAAUGUGAUUACUAUGAAUGGAAAGAUGUCGCACUGGAAGAUGGUUACUACAAAAACCUCAUCUAUUCCAUGAUGCAGCAGUUGGAUUCCAAAGAGGAUCUUGGUGUCAUAAAAAACUUGAUGACUAGGAAUACUGAGUUGGAGUUUCUCCUGAGUAAGGAGAAGAGUCUAGUGGCAACCAUGGAGAAAGGGAUGUGUGAUUCCAAGAAGAGCAUACGUAUGUACAAGCUGUUGGUAGUUGUUCUAGUUGUUGGGUAUGUUUGUUUUGUUUUUAAGUUAGCUAAUUAA